AGAACGCACAAGAAGCUAUCGCUCAUCUACCGUGCCCUUUAGCCGGACCUCCACACUUGAUCACCGCAUCGGAAGUCGCCACUAUGGAGUUCGCAAGAGAGGUCAUGAAGAUACCCGUGCCAAAGGUUCUCGGUUGGAGCUCUCGCGCCAGUGCAACGCCGGUUGACGCUGAAUUUAUCAUCAUGGAAAACACGCGUGGCGUCGAGCUGGCUACACUGUGGCCUGAGAUGAGAGGGGCUGAGAACAACACUGAUUGAACAACUAAUGGAGAUUUAGAAAAAAUCUAUAG